UGUUUUCCCCUUCAUUACACCCUCAUUAUGACAAAGAAACUCUGUGUCCGGCUCACAUCUGGUACCUGGAUAUCAGGGUUUUUGCACUCUCUUCUGCACACCGUGUUCACGUUCCGCCUAUCUUUCUGUAAAUCUAAUCGAGUCAACCAGUAUUAUUGUGAUAUCCCCCCACUAGUGGCUCUGUCUUGCUCUUCCACAUAUGUGGCAGAAAUGCUUGCCUUAGUCCUAGGAGGUGUUUUAGGGAUCAGCACCUUCAUUAUUACUGGUAUCUCUUAUUUCUACAUCAUAUCUACGAUCCUGAAGUUCCGGUCAGUGGAAGGGAAGCGCAAAGCCUUUUCCACUUGUGCUUCUCACCUCCUUGUAGUUGGUUUGUUCUAUGGUACAACGUUGUUUACUUAUGUCCGCCCUUCCAGCCACCACUCCCCAGCUAAAGACAGGUUCAUUUCAAUGCUGAACGUGGUCAUUACCCCAAUGUUAAACCCAAUUAUCUAUAGUUUGAGAAACACUGAAGUAAAAGGAGGUCUCAAAAAGAUUCUAUGCAUAAAACUAAAACAUGGUUAA